ACGGUCACAGACCUUUGUCGUGUUCUUUCAAGUUGUUCCUCAUCCCUUUUGUCGCGACAGUAUACUCGCUUCCAAGCUUUAAAGAUAAUCAUUCUUUUGUACAUUGCAACAGACACACUCCGAGGCACGCUUGCCCACUCUGGCCCGGGAGACUACAACAACUGCUACUCACUCAUCUAGAACUCAACAGUCAUCAACGUGAUGGCCUGUCUUAACAAACUCGCUAUUCGCGGCAUUCGGUCGUUCGACGACAAACAAAUUGCCGUUAUUGAAUUCUUCUCUCCAGUCACUGUCAUAGUCGGACACAAUGGUAGCGGCAAAACAACCAUUAUUGAAUGUCUAAAGUAUGCUACGACCGGUGACCAGCCUCCAAACACUCGUGGAGGUGCCUUCGUUCACGAUCCUAAGAUGGCGAACGAAAGAGAAGUGAAAGCUCAAGUGAAGCUGAGGUUUCUCGCUGCCAAUGGUCAGCGCAUGUUGGUGGUCCGAAACUUAUCCGUCUCGUUAAAGAAGUCUGGCGGACUCACAAUGAAGACUCUCGAAAGUAUCCUCGCUCUGGCUGAUGGCAACGCGGAGAAAGGUGGAAAGCGUGGUGUCAUUUCGACGAAAUGCGCAGAGAUGGAUGCCGAAAUUCCAAGUCUUCUUGGUGUUUCCAAAGCUGUCCUAGAGAAUGUUAUCUUUUGCCAUCAGGAAGAUUCAUACUGGCCUCUUGCUGAACCAUCAAUCCUGAAGAGGAAAUUCGAUGAUAUCUUUGAAGCUACCAAAUAUACGAAGGCUCUCGACAACAUCAAGGCGCUUCGUAAAGAGCGAGCUGCUGACUUGAAAGCUGAAAAGGAACGACUCGAGUCUCUCGCACGAGAGAAGGGCCACGCUGAUAAACUCAGGGCUCGAAUCGCUGACCUGAAUAGUUCGAUGGGUGCAAAGGAGCUUGAAUACGAGGAAGCCAAGAAAGAAUACGAGCGGCUUGUUGCUUCCAACCAGAGAUUCUACGAUUCGGCCACCAAGUUCCGUGAUAUCUACUCGAAAGUCGAGUCUUUGCAAGAAAAGAAGGAACGAUUCGAGCAGGAUUUGGCAGAAGCUCGCGAGAACCUCCAGGAGCUUGAAGGUACCGACGAGGAGCUCUCUGAGCGAUUACGCAACUUCGACGAACAUAUAGCUAAGCAGAAACAGAAGAAGAUGACUGAGGAUGCCAGAUUACAGGAUCUGGAAGAUGAGCUAGCUCAAAUAAGAAAAUCUCACGUCGCUUUAACGACGGAGCAAGGCAAGCUGGAGGAGAAGCUACAGGCGCAAGAAAGGCUUAUUGCCGAUCGAGAAGAACUUGUCAGAGAUCUUGCAGCAAAGCAUCAGCUCAGAGGAUAUGACCAUUCCCCAUUAGAGAAAGAGCAGGUCCUAGAAUUCACGACGAAACUUUCCGAGCUCCAGCGAAAGCAGAUUAUCGAGGCAGACAACAUCCAGGCUGACAGCAAAGCUUCAAACGAUGACUAUCGAGAACGUCUUAGAACGUUAGACGCGGAUCUCCAACGUUUGAAACACCGCAAGGAAAGCCUUCGUGAGAGAGUGACUACUUUACAAGGAAAUAUCAGCGAGGCCGAGCGGGAUGUUGAUGCUGCUCAGGCUCUACCAGCAAAGUUGCGUACACUUGAAUCAGAGAUGGAAGACAAAGAACGGCGCCUGGAGAUCAUCAAGGACGAGCUGAAAGCAGCCAAAUACGAAGAACGUAUCGCUGAGAAGGAGUCCAAAUACCGAAGUUUGGAGGUUACGCGGGAUGGCUUAAACAAUGAAUUCCGGACUCUGAGUUUACAGGCGGACUCUAGAGCAAAGCUUGACCUCAACAGGGCCUCGCUGAAGACUAAGAGCGCUGAGGUCAAGAAUGUCAUUGAGAUCAACAAUCCCAAAUUCCGCAAACUUGUUGGAGCUGAUGCUCAUGUUGAGACCAUGGAGCGAGAGUUGGACCGUGUUCAUCGUGAGAAAGAACGUCAGCGCCACGACUUAAUGGAACAACGCAAGAGUGCUGAUAGCAAGUUGUCGAAUGCCGAAGCCGAGUUGUCCUCAACCACCCGGGAGUUAAAGGCUGCCAAGGACAAGCUCAAAGCCCUUGACAAACAGAUCAAAGCUGUAAUGGAUGAUAGCCUUGCGGAAGGUUCAACCCCGGACGAGAAGUACUCCGAUGCCAAAUUACAACUGGAAGCGGCCAGAAGUGAAAUUGAUACGAAUUAUGGCGCUGCGCAGAAGCUAAAAGAGUUCCGUUCUGCCGGCCGGGCGAGAAAGUGUUGUCCUUUGUGUACUCGCAAAAUGAACGUCCAGGAAGUGGGCGUGUUCGAGAAUGCUAUUCAAGCUGAAUUGGACAAGGCGUCGGAAGCACGUUUGGUCGAGGUGUCCAACGAUGUUACCGAAUGGGAGCAACAGAUUUCGAUUCUCAAAGAUCUUACUUCCGUCGCUAAUUCAAGGGAUGAGAUCAAAACUACCACAAUACCAGGAUUCGAAGCUAAGUUCAAAGCACAAGAAGCGAAGAUUCCAUCGUUAUCAGAGACAGCUGAAAAGGCCUUGCAUCAGUUGAAUGAGGUCGAGCAAGAGUUGAAGGAGAUUACUAACUUGAAACAGCAUGCGAGCAUGGUGGCGAAGACCCAAACGGAGAUCGACGAGCUGAAGCGGAGCAUUGCCUCACUGGAAAGCGAAUUGUCUGCCACUGGCUCAACGAGAACUGCGGAUGAUGUCCAACUCGAACUUGGGAGGCUGUCUGAUGAGAUGCGUGCGAACGAAAGAGAACGACAAAGUCUCGCAGGGGAACGGGAGCGACUGCUGAAUUCAAUGAGGAAGAACGAAAGCGACAUCCUUCAGAUGCGUCUCCAACUGAGUGAUCUCAAGUCACAGCUGCGAGAUAAAGACGUGCUUGAGAAGCGAAUUAGCGACAUGAAGAGGGAACAAACUGAUAGCCAUGGGACCCUGAAAGAUCUGGACGUUCAAAUCUCCAGUGCACAAGAACCCAUACAGAGACUUCAGCGUGAACAUCAAGAAAUCGAGAAGGAUUGGAAUGACAAGCUUUCUCGUGCCCAGCGGUCGUCUCAAGAGUUGAACAUCAGCAUGGACAAGUUGGAGAGUAUGAACAAGCAAGUCGAAAGGCAACUUCGAGCGAGGAUUGGUCGUCAGCUGAAGGAAUGCAACGAGAAGAUUGAGGAGUAUGAAGCAGAAAUCCAAGAUUCACUUUCGCGCAUUGAAAGCGUCCGCGAAGUCCUUCGCAAGAUCGAGAAAGAAAUUAGUGAUGCUGCCACAUCGAUGUCAAACCUCAGAAACAAUCUGCGUGUACGAAAACUGACGAGGGACAUCAUUGAAACUCAAUCGGAGAUCGAUUCUUACGACAUGGAGGAAGCAGCACGAGCCAAACGAGUAUUCCAGGAGCGAUAUAAAGUCGAGAAAGACAGGGAGACAGAGAUGCAGAGCAAGUACGCUCAUCUCGGAGGCGAGCUCAGCUCUUACGACACACAGUUGAAGCAGCUAGAGGCCGAUUUGAAGGAGUUCAAGGACAUCAAUAAGAAGUAUAAGGAUCAGCUCGUGAAGGUCAAGCUAUCCGAUAUGGCCAACAGCGAUCUUGAGAAAUACGCCAAGGCUUUGGAUAACGCCAUCAUGAAAUACCAUUCUCUAAAGAUGGAGGAAGUCAAUGACACCAUGCGUCACUUGUGGAAUAAGACCUACCAGGGAACAGACAUCGACGGAAUCAAAAUAAGCUCGGAUCCGGAAGGUGGCGCUACUAAGCGAUCCUACAAUUAUCGUGUGGUCAUGACCAAGGAUCAAGUUGAAAUGGACAUGCGUGGCCGAUGCUCUGCGGGUCAGAAGAUGCUGGCUUCGAUCAUCAUUCGCCUAGCAUUGGCGGAUUCUUUCGGUCAGAAUUGUGGUAUUCUAGCGCUUGACGAGCCCACGAACGCACUCGAUACGGAGAACAUCGAUGCCCUUGCAGCGAGCUUGGUUGACAUCAUCAAUGAACGCAAGAACCAGGGGAACUUCCAGUUGAUCAUCAUCACUCAUGACGAGAACUUUUUGGGUAAACUAGGUCGAAGUGAUGUUAUGGAGUACUAUUGGCGAGUUUCUCGUGAUUCGCGCCAGAAGUCCGUAAUCGAGCGACAUAGAUUCGGUUGACGACUUGCUCCAUCAUUGUACUCGUGCCUUUGCUUUGGGCUUUUACCCUACUCAGUUUUUUUUUCUCAAUCACAUGGCGCUGUGUCAAUAGACAUUAUCGUCACCGUCACGUUCUAUCUUUAGACUUCUAAUUUCAUGGUGCUUUUAGGCUUCGAAAUGUACAAUCGUCUUCUUCCGAUGACUUCCCGGGUUCAAUUCCGGAGGUGUGA